AAAAGAAUUUUUGAAGUUUCUCAAAGGCAAGGUCGGAGACUAUGCAAUAAAAAUGUUACGUACCUUCAACAAAGGAUCAAGCAAAAGUUUCCAGAGUGUAGAGUUGCAGCUCCACCCUAUCCAAUGACGGCGAUAGCAUGUAAGGCAGUUGAAUAUGGACUGGAUAAGGAUGCUAUUAAAAAUCGUGUGAUCUUCCAUCACGCAAAAGAUCAAGAUGGAUAUAUAGAGAAGUUUCAUUUGAUGGCUAAAAGAGGCGUCCAAGUAGAAAAAGCAGCACAAUAUUGUGAUGAUUCUGGAAUGUGUAAGCUAGGAGAAUUUAUUGUUGAUUUACAAGACGCACAUUUAGGCACAGAUAGACCUGUAACUCUUUAUUUAUGUUUUGGAGCAAUGGAAAUCAUUGCAAUAGCAAAGAAUGAAACAAAUGGGAAAGUUUAUCGAACAACAUUUAAGUUAGAUUUGUAG